UUUUCAAGAUGGCGGGUUUAGCUGUGACUUGUUCCAAACUCUGCUCUUUUAGUACAUUUGGGGCGAGAUCCGCUCUCAUAAGUACCAGAAUUAAACAAGGAUUGACCAUCCGGCUCCUGAGCUCAACACAGCAGAAUUCCAGGAAAGUGGACAAAUCAUUGCUUUCUAGAUUGAGAAAGGAAACUGGAUUUGGUUUUGCUAAGUGCAUGGAGGGUCUACAAGCAAGCAACAAUGAUUAUGAUACAGCUUUGACAUGGCUGAAGGCUGAGGCUGAGAAACAAGGCUGGGAGAAGGCUGCCAAACUACAAGGGAGGGCUGCAGCUGAAGGACUUGUUGGAGUUCUAGUGGAUGGCAACUUUGGUGCCAUGGUUGAAGUUAAUUGUGAGACAGACUUUGUAGCAAGGAAUGAACUAUUUGUGGACCUGGUAUCCAAUGUGGCAAACACAGCAAUGGCAAAACGGAAGAAGAUUGUAGAUCAGAAUCAAAAAAUUAACACAUUUGCUGGUGAAUUUGAACACUUAAGAGAAGUUAUUCCAGAGCACAAAUUGAGAAAUGAGGAAGUGCAGAACAGUGGAGAGACUGUGGCAGAAACUGUGGCAAGAACAAUUGGCAAACUAGGGGAAAACAUCAAAAUUAGCAAAGUUGUUACAAUGACAACUGAAGUAAGCAAUGUAAUUGGUAGUUACACCCAUGGUCCUUUUGUAAAAUCUGUAGCAGGGUGUUCCCUUGGAAGGUAUGGGGGUUUGGUAGCCCUAAGGCCAAAAGAUAGCACUACUAGUUUGAAUUCUGUGCAGCAAUUGGCCAAUAAGGUAGCACAACAUGUUGUGGGAAUGAAUCCAAAGGUUAUUGCACAAGAUGGCAGUGGUAAAAAUGACAGUGCUAUGGAUGGGGAGACAAGUGAUGUGCUACUUGAGCAGGAAUACCUGUUGGAUGACAGUCUGACAGUGAAGGACUUUCUAGAGAAGGAAGGAGUUGAAGUUGUUGAUUUUGUUAGAUAUGAAUGUGGCACACAGUAGCUCUUGGAAAUACUUGAUAUACAUUUGUCAUUACCAAACCCUGACUAAGCGCUAAGCUAAGCUAUGCUGCCAUUAAAAGGCUUAGGAUAAGAGCUGGUGUUUCAGAUGCAUUUGAUAGCUUUGUUGCAGUAAUAAAGUAGCCCUACAGAUGUGUUUA